AUGGAGGUCCACCGCGGUAAAGGUCGCGGUUCAUACAUUUGGGGCCGGAGCGUUCACAACACCCGCAUCGAACGCUUAUGGUACGAUGUCACUCGAGGCUUUGGGCGCAAAUGGAAGGAUUUUUUCCACGUCCUUGAAGAGGAGGCUGGUCUGGAUCCGCAUGACCGUGGCCACAUCUGGCUCCUCCACCAUCUAUUCCUCGACGCCAUCAAUGCUGAUGCUCUGGCGUGGGCUGAGGCUUGGAACUCUCACAAACUUCGGCAGGAUGACAGCCCUCCGCGCAGCCCGUCCCAUAUGUUCUUCUUCAGCCAGAUGCGCGAUGGCCGCCGGGGUAUCACCGUUGCCCCCACCCCCGUCGAGGAGGAAGUGGCAGAUCCAGCCAACUACGGUAUCGACCCCGACACCUUGCGCAACCCCCGUCUAAUGGCGCACUUCCGCGACAACAACCCUGAUGACAGCGAAGACCCCGCGGUCGUUCGCUCGUUCCCUCCUCGCCUCUCCCACGUCGAAUGCCACCCGCCGGACUGUCCUCUUCCCUCCGAACAUGUGGAGCUCAUGGACUCUGCUGUACGCCAGCGGGCCCCCGUACGGUCCAACAGUCUCGUUGCUCGGCGACAUGUCUGGCUUGAAGCACUCAAUAUUUACAAUCACCUUGUUUCUGUACAGAGCACCUAG